GAUGUGAAGGAUAAGAAAAAACGACUAACAUAAGAAGAAAGAGAGUAAAGUAAGAGAAGAAGCACGAUCGUGUUCAGAAUUUGUUCAAGGCGUAUCUGUUAGCAGCAAUAGGCUGUAGCGAGUGAAAACGAGCACUGAAAUAGAUGCACCACAUGGCGGGGAUCUUCGACUAUGUGUGCGAGAAUGAGUGUACGGCUUUCUACUGGUUCGCGUACUGGGAAAAAGACGGUAGCAGAGUGAACGAGAGUGCCAAGUCGAAGAAGAUUUUCAGUUCAAAUUGGAUCAAUUCGAUAAAUCUUGAUCACGUCUUUUUCGAGAAAUAUACAAGUAAAUAAUGUAUGAUAAAGAUCGUUAAAAAAAAAAGCCGAAUUUGACAGUGGACAAAGAUUAUGUGAAAAUAAUUUUGUGACAAAACUUGUGACGAUUAUAAUUCGUUUGAGUUCUAGUGAUGUGGUAAAUACUAAUUUUCAAGAAAAAACAUUUUAUUAAAGAGAAGGUCAAUAAAAUAUAUAUAUAUAUAGAAAAAGAGAGAGGGAAGUACGAGUGAAAAAUUAAAGUGAAGAAUCUUAUGAAGUAAUAAAAAAAAUACACGUAUGAUACUUUUUAAUAGAAUUCGUUUAAUUAGAUAUUAUAGGAGAGAAGAAAGUGAAAAGAGUCGAGUUAAAUCGAGUCAAUUGUUGAGCGUCGUUCACGUUCGACAUCUCGAUGAAGAUUCACGAUCUUUUAGUGAGCUAACAUUCUAAAAAUACGAUGUAAGCUUCGUGAUCUUAUAGUGGAAGUCUUCGAGCAUCGAGGAAAUUUCGUGGAGACUAAUAGUUAGAUAGUAGUAAUACGCGUUUAUACUUUCUAUUGCAAGUCAGACAAAAUUAUAAUUCGUUUGAAAUGAAAUGGAUAAUAUAAUACUUCGGCAAUGCUCGUUCGUCACACGAAAAUUCAACUAAGCCGGUUAGACCGGCGUAAUCGAAAACGGUAAAAUUUAUCAAACUUGUGAUCACUAACUAGACACAAAUGGCUACCUGCCAUCCUAGACCACUGGUACAGCACCUGCAACUACAGGAGCAAACUCAGGUUGGCCUAGGUACUAUCAAUAGCGUCGGUAGUCAAGGACAAAAAGUGCUACAGCAAACUCAUUAUCAGCCUCACCUGUUGAAUUGGGUAUAUUUGGCGAUCACUGAUCAAAACUCGCCACAACUUUCUGAUCAGAAAAAGCUUGUACCUACGAUAUGGAGCAGUUAUGCGACAGCAAACUCACAAACCUAUCUACACCAAAACACUUUGAAUGCUUCCGGAGCAAUAGGUGCCAGUUUAGCCGAUAGUAUUGGUGAUCUCGCCGAACAUUUUACUGAAUUGGACCUGUUAGAUAGAAAACCAAUAAAGAGGCCACCAUCUACGUACUUGUGUCAUUUGUGUUUUACAAAAGGUCAUUAUAUCAAAGAUUGCCCGCAGGCUCGUCCAAAAGGCGAAGGUCUUACACCUUACCAAGGUAAAAAAAGAUGCUUUGGAGAAUACAAAUGUCCAAAAUGUAAACGUAAAUGGAUGUCGGGCAAUAGUUGGGCUAAUAUGGGUCAAGAAUGCAUGAAAUGUCAUAUUAAUGUGUAUCCUCAUAAACAGAGACCAUUAGAACAGCCUGACGGUUUAGACGUAUCUGACCAAAGUAAAGAACAUCCUCAACACCUUUGUGAAAAAUGUAAAAUUCUGGGAUAUUACUGCAGACGUAGUCAAUAAAAGCGAUGUAGCAUACACAUCAAAAAUAUAUACAUAUAUUUAGGUACGUAUUAUAUACAUAUAUAUAGGUACGUCUUUUCUAUAUGACUACUCGCGUGAUCAUUUAAAAUCCUAAAUUAACGAACUAUUACUGGUACAACUUUACAUGCACUACUUUGUAUGCAUACUGUCGGAUGUGCAAGAAGGUAUAGAUGUAUAUUAUUUUUUCGAUUAUCUCAAUAAUAUUAUUCUUGACACAAAAACAAUAUUCUUUAAUUAAAUGACGAAUCGGGACUUUCAUACUCAGGGAUGAUUUUAUGAAAUCUAUAAGAGCACAGAUACAAAGCUCUUUUGUACAAAAAUGAUUAUAUUUAAAAAUGAAGAAUCAUAAAAAACAAAAGUGAUGCAAGUUAAAGAAUGAAAAAAUUGAAUUUUAACUUUUUAUUUUCUCAAAUACAUAUCUAUUCGUAAUAUGCAUAACUGAUUAUGAAUCUUCAUAAUUAUAAGUCUUUUCCAUUUAACUGAGAAGUAAAUUCUUUAACUUACAUCACUUUCUUAUUAGUACAUUCAAUUCAAUAGACACAAAAUGUAUCUUAUCUUUGUACAUCAGAGAAUGAAAAGGGACAAAUAGAGCGUAAGUUUACCGUUUAUUUUAAUUAUCUCAAUUAUUUGUCACAAUCUAAAGAAAAUAAUUGUCAGGAAACAACAUUAUUCGAUACUGUACAUAUACAUAUAAGAUUCGUCAAGAUAAAUAUUUGACAUAAAUAUGCUACUAUUAGCCAUAUUUAACAACUUGAAAAUGUUACAGAAUGACUAGGAAUGCUUGAGAGAUAUAACUUAUACGCGUUUGAAACUAUAUAGUUCUCUUUUAUUAAAUAAGAAAACAAACUUUCUAUCGCCAAAGAAAA